AUGGCCCCGACGGAGAAGUUAGGAGAUGCCAUAACUGUGAAGACUCCUCUCCCACCUCUGGGUCCCUCGAAGGAGAAGAAUGAGAAAAAACUGCUGUCUGACAAAAAGACCGCUCGGAAAACCACCAGCUCCAAGCCAAAGCAAAACCCCUCUGUUACCCGAACCUCCGAUGCUGGGUCGUCUUUAGAGCGUACUUCUACCAGCGAUGCUGCUCCACUAGACCAGAGACCACUUAAGAAGCCGCGCUUAUCCCACGACGCAGAUAAAUCGGGUCUGGGAAGCCGUCAUCAUGUAUCUUCAUUUGCGGAUAGCGUCUCACGCUUGUCUCCUGUAUUCAACCCUGCAAAUACUGAGGAGCGUAGUCGAGAAUCAGUGGCAUCCGAUUUUGCCCUUCGCCCGAAGAAAGAAAACCCGAACCCUCUGGAAAUGGUACCCAGACCUAACCAGCGAGAGAAUCAAAUUCCUUCAAUUGUAAAAAGCCUACAUAACCCACAAUUACCCAAACAACAAGGCCUACGUAACAAUGUGAGGAACUACGUAAUUCCAACACACGGGGUCAUUGAUCUUACUCAAGACGAUGAACCUUGGCCCCGAUUUCCUAGCAACGGCCGCCAAGGCUCGUACGCCGAUACCCGCAAAGACCGAGACCGCCCCACCGCGGAGCCCGAUGCUCGUGUUGGACAAGGAAUAUCCGAUUUACCACGUGGGGGAAAGUCAAUAGAAGUACAAACAACUUCUAAUCCAGGAACUGCUAAAUCCAAUGGGAACGUGGAAGCUUCGAAUCGGGAUGGACAGAACUAUGUUCGCAGAACAGAUCCAAAUUUAGCACCCGAUCUGCCGCCCCCGAAAACGAAUGGAAAUAUCCAUAUUGCACCCCAGCCUGCGAAAUCAUCAUCCUCACCGGGUACCCCAUUAGGUCCCCAGCCAUUUCAACCUAAGUUUAAUAACGACAAACAGAAGGCGCCCCAAUGUCACCAAAAUUCACAGCCCGCUCCCCCAGAUCCUCAACGUCAAGAUGGCACCCAGAACGAUACGCAGGCUCGACAACCCGUGCCAAUAGAAAAACCAGCGACUUUUAGUUUCACCGUGGAUUCACGCACCUCUACAAUGCCUGCUGUACCUGGUCCUUUCAUAGCGUCGAAUCAACCAGGUAUGAAUGGGUAUCAUCCUGGUUCAAUAUUCACGUCCAGCGCACAGACAAAUAAUGUCGUGCAUGAAAUCAUUGAACGCUCGACGGCAGCUCAAACAACAAAAGUGAACGGUGCCCCAAGUCCAAGUGACAACAAAGCUAGUAACUUAAAUGCACCAUUGCCUCGACCGGAACCUGUCGAUGCUGCUAGUCGUAAACGCCGAUCACAAAGUAGAGAAUCAAAUCGUUCAAAGAUACAAAGUAUUCCCAAGUCAAACUCGCAUACUCUUUCGGAAUCGAGCCAUAAUACUGAUCUUAAAAAGCCAUCCCAAAUAGAGUUGGCUAACGGUACCAACAAUCACAAGGCGGAAAAUCCUGUUACCGCCCCUGUUGUUAAACCUAGCCUCGGGUCUAUGAUUCGGGAUCAGAGUUGGAGAAGCUCGAACAUAGAGAAAAAACGCCAGAUACUGAUAUCCAAGCAUGAUCCGGAAAAGUUUGACUCGUAUAUCUAUAGCAAGAACAACGAGCCAUUUCGACCAGGCUCCGCCUUGUUUGGUCUGCCUCCGUGGAAGCAACCUGCACGGCCAACUCGUCCAGCAAUGCAUUAUGCCCAUAUUGACCCGCGCAUCCACUGGUCGCAUCCACGUUCCGAAACAUGGCACCGCAAGAAACAAAGAGAGAUUUACGAGCGAGGGAAUAGGAAGGAUAAUUAUGGUCAGGCUGCGGCCCGUGCCGCAAAGCGAAAACGAGAAGACAGCCACCCCACCACUAGCUUACCAGAACGAGUGAAGAGCAACCCUAAAUGGUUAGCAGCUUUGGACGAACUAGAUGAGAUGGCAGAAAUAUACCAUGCACAAAAACGCGCGAAGUUCAAGGGGCGCAAAGAGCGUAAAGAACGAGGCGAAUUAAAAAAUAACACGGGACGACAAGAGAAAGAGAAAGAAACGAUCCCAGUCGACGAAGAUGGUGACUGUGAGAUGACCGAUAAUCCGUUUGAUCAGAGAAGUGCUUUAAAUAGCCCGAAAACCAACAUCUCGAAUCAUGUUCAACUGCCAUACUCUACUAUAUGGAAUGGUUAG